GCAUAGCCCUCAAACCUUUACAAUACCUGCAAAAUACAAACUUCCUCAAAGACAACCUUUGUUUGUGCACUCUCUUCAAGAAUUCUCUCCCUCCUCUGUUUCUUAAAAGAAAAAAAAUCCUAAGAGAGUCAUCAAUAAUCAUGGCUCUCUCACAUCCCAUGAUAAUUUUCUCCCUUUUUCUUACAUUUCUAACCCUCUCUGCUGCUCAAUCACCCAUGGCCUCUCCACCUAUGUCCAUGAUGGCCCCCACAAUGCCACCAUCCACCAUGGCAAUGCCACCAAUGUCCGCCAUGUCACCACCACCGGCCGCCAUGUCAUCUCCUCCAAUGAGCCCAAUGGCACCAUCCAUGAGCCGAAUGACACCAACAAUGAGCCCAACGAGCCGAAUGACACCAACAAUGAGCCCAACGAGUCGAAUGACACCAUCAAUGAGCCCACCAGUGGACUCACCACCAGUCCCUGCAGCACCUGGAACGGCACCCGCUACGGAUAUGACGGGACCAGCGCCUGCACCAGCACCAGCACCUAUAAAUGGUGCAACGAAUACAGCAUCUAUUGGAUUUGUUCAAGGAAGUUGCAUGGCCAUGGUAGCAAUUAUUGGGAGUGUAGCACUUUUUUUCUAAAUUGAAUUAGUCAUUUAAUUUCAUUUGCUUUCACUAUUGUUGUAGGUUACAAAUAAUUUACUUAUUUGUGUACUAUUUUGUUUUCAAUUUCUUCUAGUGUUCUAUUUUCUUCUUCUUCUUCUUCUUUUUAUCUCAUUGUAUCGUUGAUUUUGUGUGGAAAGGUGAGGAAUUUGAGGAGGUCUGGUUGGAGAUUUUAUCAAAUGUUACAUGCUCUAUAUGUGACAUUUUGACAUUUUAGCUUAAUAAGAUGCUAUUCUCGCUUUCUUUCUAUUUAAA